UUCAGAACUUCAUGGUGGGCGGGGUUUUCAGAGGGGGGCGGAGCGUGAGCUCGGAUUGGCUCCGCGGAAGACGCCGACGUGGCCGAAGGAGGCCGGUUUGUUUCCGAACUGAGGCUCAGGCACACCGGCUCGGGAUUGGUGCUGGGCCGGGCCGGGGUCUUGGCCGGAAGCGGAAGUGGAGAAAGGAUGCAGGACCACCAGCACGUGCCCAUCGACAUCCAGACCAGCAAGCUGCUCGAUUGGUUGGUGGACAGAAGACAUUGUAACCUAAAAUGGCAAAGCCUGGUGCUGACCAUCCGGGAGAAGAUCAACACUGCCAUCCAGGACAUGCCAGAGAGCCAAGAGAUUGCCCAGCUGCUCUCUGGAUCCUACAUUCAUUACUUCCACUGCCUAAGAAUAGUGGACCUUCUUAAAGGUACCGAGGCUUCCACCAAAAAUAUUUUUGGCCGGUACUCUUCACAGCGGAUGAAGGAUUGGCAGGAGAUCAUAGGCCUGUAUGAGAAGGACAACACCUACUUAGUGGAACUCUCUAGCCUCCUGGUUCGGAAUGUCACCUAUGAGAUCCCUUCACUGAAGAAGCAGAUUGCCAAGUGCCAGCAGCUGCAGCAGGAGUACAGCCGCAAGGAGGAAGAGGGCCAGGCUGGGGCUGCUGAGAAGCGCGAGCAGUUCUACCAGUCGUGCCGACAGUACGGCAUCACGGGAGACAAUGUCCGAAGAGAGCUCCUGGCCCUGGUGAAGGAGCUGCCGAGCCAGCUGGCUGAGAUAGGAGCAGCCGCUCAGUCCCUGGGGGAGGCCAUCGACCUGUACCAGGCCUGUGUGGAGUUUGUGUGUGACAGCCCCCCAGAGCAGGUGCUGCCCAUGCUGCGCUACAUGAAGAAGAAGGGAAACAGCACAGUGUAUGAAUGGAGGACAGGCACAGAGCCCUCUGUUGUGGAGCGGCCGCAGCUGGAGGAACCUCCUGAGCAGGUGCAAGAAGAUGAGAUUGACUGGGGCGACUUCGGAGUGGAGGCCGUUUCCGACUCUGGCAUCUCUGCCGAGGCCCCUGGAAUAGACUGGGGCAUCUCCCUGGAAUCAGAGUCAAAGGAUGCCGGGGGUGACAAGAUAGACUGGGGUGUUGAUGCUGCUGCUGCUGCUGCUGCGGAGAUCACCGUGCUGGAGACCGGAACAGAGGCUCCAGAGGGUGUUGCUAGGGGCUCAGACGCUCUGACUCUUCUUGAAUACCCUGAGACCCGGAAUCAGUUCAUUGAUGAGCUGAUGGAGCUCGAGAUCUUCUUGUCCCAGAGAGCAGUGGAGAUGAGCGAGGAGGCCGAUAUCCUGUCCGUGAGCCAGUUCCAGCUGGCUCCUGCCAUCCUUCAGGGUCAGACCAAAGAGAAGAUGCUCAGCCUGGUGUCCACACUGCAGGAUCUGAUUGGCCGGCUCACCAGUCUCCGGAUGCAGCACUUAUUUAUGAUUCUGGCCUCGCCAAGGUAUGUGGACCGAGUGACGGAGUUCCUUCAGCAGACGCUGAAGCAGUCCCAGCUGUUGGCUUUGAAGAAAGAGCUCAUGGUGGAGAAGCAGCAGGAGGCGCUUCAGGAGCAGGCAGUUCUGGAACCCAAGCUGGACCUGCUGCUGGAGAAGACCAGAGAGCUGCAGAAGCUGAUUGAAGCUGACAUCUCUAAGAGGUACAGUGGCCGUCCCGUGAACCUGAUGGGAACCUCUCUGUGACACGCUCCCAGCUUCCUGUGGAGGCGGGACACCAGGCUGGUGUUACCAGGCCUCGCCAGCAAGAAGCCAGGCACACCUGGGGACUGAGCGUGAAGUGUCACCUGAAUGGUGACACUGGCAUUCACUGUGAUCUCUGUGUUGUCUUGAGUGGUUCUCUGGCCUGUGGCUCUGUGGCCUGUCAGCCUAGAGCCACAGCUUUUCCUUCUAGUUAUCAAGCAAGGCUUAAUAAAAAAGGAAAAGACUUGGU